GUGACGUCAGCGCUCUACAUGAGGAAAAAGGAACCGAGGAGUCCAUGAUCAGCCCGAGAGCUAAAUUAACCCAGUUCAUGGACUCGUUCUGGGCUUUGUCUCGUUAUUAAACCGGCUGUUCACACUGUGUUUGGUGAGAGGCGCUUUAAUCCGGAUUGGACUUUGGGUCAUGUCCGCUUCUGCAGUGUUCGUGUUGGACCUUAAAGGCAAGGUGUUGAUAUGUCGCAACUACAAAGGCGAUGUGGACAUGGCCGAAAUAGACCACUUCCUUCCCCUGCUGAUGCAACAGGAAGAGGAGGGGCUCAUGUGCCCUGUUAUUUCACAUGGCAGCGUCCACUUCAUGUGGAUCAAGCACAGCAACCUGUACUUGGUGGCCACUACAAACAAAAACUCCAACGCAUCUCUGGUGUAUUCUUUCCUGUAUAAACUGGUCGAGGUGUUUACUGAGUACUUUAAGGAGCUGGAAGAAGAGAGCAUUCAAGAUAACUUUGUGGUGGUGUAUGAGCUGCUGGAUGAGCUCAUGGACUUUGGCUUCCCCCAGACAACCGACAGCAAGAUCUUGCAAGAAUACAUCACACAAGAAGGCAACAAACUGGAGGUUGCUAAGACAAAGGUGCCCACAACAGUAACCAAUGCUGUGUCCUGGAGGUCAGAAGGCAUCAAGUACAAGAAGAAUGAGGUCUUCAUAGAUGUCAUAGAGUCCAUUAAUGUCCUGGUGAAUGCAAAUGGCAGUGUGAUGAGCAGUGAUAUUGUGGGCAGUAUUAAACUGAAGACGAUGCUUUCAGGGAUGCCUGAGCUGAGACUGGGCCUCAACGACCGUGUGCUCUUUGCACUGACUGGCCGAGACAAGGGGAAGACUGUAACGAUGGAAGAUGUGAAGUUCCAUCAGUGUGUGAGACUCUCGCGCUUCGAGAGCGACAGAACAAUCUCCUUUAUCCCUCCGGAUGGAGAAUCUGAGCUGAUGUCAUACCGCAUCAAUACUCAAGUAAAACCUCUGAUCUGGAUCGAGUCUGUUAUUGAGAAGUUCUCUCACAGUCGGGUGGAGAUCAUGGUAAAGGCUAAAGGCCAAUUCAAAAAGCAGUCUGUGGCCAAUAAUGUGGAGGUAAGAGUUCCUGUUCCAAGUGAUGCAGAUUCCCCCAAGUUCAAAACCAGCACUGGCCAUGCCAAAUACGUCCCAGAGAAGAACCUGGUGGUGUGGACCAUUAAAUCAUUUCCCGGAGGGAAGGAGUUCCUGAUGCGCGCCCAUUUUGGCCUUCCCAGCGUGGAGAAUGAUGAGAUGGAGGGAAAACCCCCGAUUACUGUCAAAUUUGAAAUCCCAUAUUUUACUGUAUCAGGGAUACAGGUACGAUACAUGAAGAUCAUUGAGAAGAGUGGCUACCAGGCCUUACCAUGGGUCAGGUACAUCACGCAGAGUGGAGAUUACCAGCUAAGGACAAACAUCUAGAAAUCACUUCGGCAUUUCCUGACCUUGUUCAAGCACCCAGACUGACCAUGCCCAGACUGUGAUGAUACAUGCAUCAGAAUCUGUCUUAAUAUUUCAAUGCUUUGUUUUGGAAGGAAAUGAAAUAUAGUGUUAUUGAAAGUUUUAUUAUGCCUAAAAUGCUUUAUUUUAAAUGAUUGAAUGACAUGGUUAUAUAUAAAAUGCUAAAUCAAACUCCUUCUGAUUAUUUCCCCCAAAAUAAUUAUUUUAACAACAAUAAAAAGUGUGUAUUAUGUGAAACAUGAA